UUCUAAUGCCGUUUAAAUCUCCAUUGCUUGCUGGCAGGUUUAAUGAAGUUGCUUUAACUCGUACACUUGGAAUAAUUUGGUUUUUACAAUUUUACUUUAAUAAUACUUCGUAAAGUUCGUAUUUGUGGUUCAUUCAGUGAUAAUAUGAUAACUCCAGAACAUCGCAUCGAUUCUAGUGUUAAUUAAAUUAAUGACUUACAGUGGGCUGUACCAUACGGCAGAUCUGAGGGAAUUGUCGUUUACAGCUGAAUCUGAUGAUCAACCUUCGCAUUUGCGGUACUUACUUUGUUGCUUAAUAUGUAUCUGUAUAUAGAGGGAUAACGUGGAAAUUCUGACUUGUUGUGUGCAAUAUCGGACACAUGUGACUACUUGCGUGUUUUUGUUAUAAUCGCAUUUUGUUCGACUGAGGAUCAAAAUGUCACAUUGGUCGCCUACACACGUCCAAGUGACGGUUAUUAGAGCGAAGAACUUAAUUCCUAAAAGCAAGAAUGGAGAAACAAAUAAUGCUUAUGUCACAAUCCAGUUGGGCAAAGAAAAAUUUGAAACAUCCGUGCAGGAAAAGAGUAAAUCUCCGGAAUGGAACGAGGAGUGUGAUUUACGUAUUGCGGACUUGACGGGAUCGAUUGUUUUGACCGCUUACCAUAAACACACUAUUGGUACGGAUGACUUCCUUGGGCGCGUGGAACUUCCGUUACAAGAUCUGAAUUUUUACGAACGCCCCAAAAAUAUAUGGUUUCCGCUGCGCAGUAAGAAGAAGGAUUCUAAUAAAGAGGAAAAAUAUCGCGGGGAAAUUCAAGUGCGAUUGAAUUUCUAUGUGCAAAAUCUUGCUGUGAGCGUGCCAAAUCUGUUGGAGAACGGUGGGAAAAAGGAGCGUUCCAGCUUCCGGUCGACGCUGUCGAACACAUUCGGUAAAACCCUUCCUAACAGAAAACAUCAUGGAUCUGUUAUGGAUAUCAGCACUUCCAGUCCCAAAUCUAGUGGUGGAUUAUUUUCGUCGCUAUCCCGCUCACAUUCGAAGACCCAUUUAGCGUCACAAACCAGUACCCCAGCUGACAGCGGUUACGGAUCGUACGGCUCCAAGCCGCAAUUGACGCCCGAGCUGAGUGCCAACCGCAGCAUUGUCUCGGAGAAGCUCAGUGAUGAUGUGAGUUUCACAUCGUCCAAUGCCGAAAUCCGCGAGCCGGAAAUUGUGGUCACACAACCCGAGAGUGUCGCUGCCACAACAGCACCGGUGACCAAGUCGUCCAGUUUCAAUAAAGCCAAGUCUAUUGUCAAUUCCGUUAUAUAUUCGACAAAUGGCAGCAGUAACACCUUACCAAGAACUCCUAGUGAGGUGGAAAUCAAACCGGAUUAUUCGAAAAGCUAUAACAAGUCGUCGAGUAUGACAGUAGAAACUAAUAAACGGAACAGCACGCUGAGUGAUACGUCGGAAAAAUCACCCCGCUUGAAUGGUGAUAUUUUUGCGAAGCAUCAGCCACGCUUCACGGAGCCGGCGGAACCGGUAACUCCGACAUCGAUUCAUGUUUCGAAGGAAAUGAUGAGAAAAUAUGGACAUCUGGAAAAAGCGGAUCUGAUUGCUCGACUUGUGGAUGCUGAACAACGAUUAGGCGAGAAACAAACUGAAAUCGAUCGAAUGCAGACCUAUAUUGAAUCUCUCUUGCUUCGUGUGAUGGAUACCGCACCGAAAUUGCUCCAGACGUAUCCUGCCGAUGGAACCCCAGUGCGACGAUAAUUCUUUCUGUUCGAAAUCUGUUGUAAAAACGCUUGUCUUAUUUAUGCUGUAUUCUUGGUUUUAAAAUAUUUUUGAUUCCUUUUGCUUCAAGAUUUUGUCUUCCAAGACUCGGUGGCCAUUUUUAACCCGGAUGGGAAGCACUUUACGCACGAAAUUUUAAUAGUUCUGCUGUUUCAGAUGUUAUUUCAUGUUUGCAAAGAUGUGUUGCUGACAGUGAGUGGAGUUUUUUGUAGGUGUCAACACUGGAGUUGUUUAUACGUUUCUUUGGCGCUGAUUCUUGUUGUGACCACAUAAAUAAAAUUUUAUUGAUAUGAA